AUGAUUGAUGUCGUUCGAUAUUUGCGUCUUGUUUUUCUAGAAGAAACAUGCAAAUCAUUUGAAUGCCUUCAAUUUAUUUUCACAACUGAUAUUGAUCGACGAAAUGAUUUGUGGAAAGCAAGACAUAAUGUAUGGUACGCUGCACAUGCUCUCAGACCAGGUUCAAAAUGUUAUAGUACUGAUGUUUGUGUUCCGAUUAGUAGUUUACCUGGUAUUAUCGCGUUUUCCAGAGACGAAUUGCGAAGAUUAAAAUUACUAGGAUUGAUUUUGGGACAUGUUGGAGACGGAAAUUUUCAUGUAGUUUUGGUCAUUGAUCCAAAAGAUUUAGAAGAAAUAAAGCGUGUUCACGAGUUUUCUAUUAUUCUAGCCAAAGAAGCAUUACGUAUGAACGGUACUAUCACAGGUGAGCAUGGUAUUGGCUUGGGUAAAAAACAAUUACUUAUCGAUGAAUUCGGAUUAGAAGGAAUCAAUACUAUGAAAUUCAUAAAAAAGGCGCUUGAUCCAUUGAAUAUUCUUAAUCCUGGCAAGAUCAUUAUAAAGAUGAAUAUUAUUAGAGCUCGAACUACACACAUCCCGAAUAUCUUUCGAUCGCUUACACAACGAUAUGCAUCAUCCCAGACUUUAGUCGCUGAUCUAAAACAAAUUGUAGGAAAUGAUAAUGUUUCAAAUACUGCAGCUGUUCGAGAACAACAUAGCCAUGACGAAUCCUACCAUGCAGGUCAUGCACCUGAUGUUGUUGCUUUCGCACAAAGCACUGAUCAUGUUUCACAAGUUGUCAAGUAUUGUGCAGCAAAACGUAUUCCUAUUAUACCAUUUGGUACUGGUACUGGUUUAGAAGGUGGUGUAACUGCGCUUCAAGGUGGUGUAACUCUCAAUUUGAGUCGUAUGGAUAAGGUUCUACAAGUCAAUCCUGAAGAUUUCGAUUGUAUAGUUCAAGCUGGUGUUACUCGAAAUGCAUUGAAUUCUUUUAUUCGUGAUACUGGUCUUCAGUUUCCAAUUGAUCCCGGUGCAAAUGCAUCUCUCGGUGGUAUGUGCGCAACAAGUGCAUCAGGAACAAUGGCUGUUCGAUAUGGUACCAUGCGUGAAAAUGUAAUGAACUUGGAAGUUGUUUUAGCUGACGGUACUAUUAUAAAAACAGCUGGACUCAAAGGACGAAGUCGAAAAACGUCAGCUGGUUACAAUCUCACUAAUUUAUUUGUUGGUCAAGAAGGUACUCUCGGUAUUAUUACUGAAGCAACACUGAAACUACAUGCAACACCUGAAGCUGUUCUGUCUGCUGUUGCUCCGUUUAAAGAUUUCCAGGGUGCAGUGAAUGCUACAGUGGCUAUAAUGCAAAGUGGUUUGCCUGUUGCGCGAAUCGAAUUUCUCGAUGAAAAUAUGGUUCUGUCUGCUGUUGCUCCGUUUAAAGAUUUCCAGGGUGCAGUGAAUGCUACAGUGGCUAUAAUGCAAAGUGGUUUGCCUGUUGCGCGAAUCGAAUUUCUCGAUGAAAAUAUGGUUGAUGCUUGUAAUCGAUUUUCAAAACUGGGCCUUGAUGUAGCUCCUACAUUAUUUCUUGAAUUUCACGGUAGUAAUAGUAAUAUAGAAACUCAAGGACAAAUAGCAGAGGAAACAUGUAAAUCAUAUGAAUGUCUCAAAUUUGAUUUUGCUACUGAUCCAGAAAAGCGUUCCGAAUUGUGGAAGGCAAGGCACAGUGCAUGGUAUGCCGCUCAAGCUCUCAAGCCAGGUUCAAAGGGCUACAGUACUGAUGUUUGUGUUCCAAUCAGUGCUCUACCUGGUAUUGUCACAUUUGCUAAAGAUGAAUUGAAGCGAUUAAAUUUAUUAGGACCAAUUGUGGGUCAUGUUGGUGAUGGAAAUUUUCAUGUAUUUGUUAUCGUCGAUCCGAAAAAUCCCAAAGAUAUGGACCUUGUUCAUGAAUAUAGUGUUGCUUUAGCUAAAGAAGCAUUACGAGUAAAUGGCACAGUAACUGGUGAACAUGGUAUUGGACUAGGAAAGAAAAAAUUACUAGUAGAAGAAUUUGGACCAUCAGGAAUAAACACGAUGAAAGCAAUUAAACAAGCACUUGAUCCAUUAAAUAUUCUCAAUCCUGGAAAAGUUUUGUAA